AUGGCCGGGUGUAGUAAAUAUACUCGCUUAUCUGCUGUUUUGAAAUUAUUCAACUUAAAAGCUGGGAAUGGAUGGAGCGACAAGAGCUUUACUGCUUUACUUGAUUUAAUAAACGAUAUGCUUCCAGAAGAUAAUGGACUCCCGAAGAGUACAUAUGAUGCAAAGAAGAUUAUGUGUCCCAUGGGUAUGGAAAAAACAGUCUACUUGGGUCACCGGAGGUUUCUUGAUAGAGCUCACCCUUACAGGAGAUUAAAAAAGGCUUUCAAUGGGCAACAAGACUAUACAGAUGCUCCACAAUCAAUGACUGGGAUUGAAGUUUAUGAACGUGUAAAAGGUAUAAAUGUUACUUUUGGUAAAACUCAAAAGCUUAAAUCUCAAAGAGGUAAGAGGUUAAGAGCUAAUGUUGAGCAACUAUUGCCAGUUGCUGUUAGAGGUAUAUUGCCCAAAAAGUUGAGAUAUACUAUUAUAAGGUUUUGUUUCUUUUUCAAUGCUAUCUGUGGAAAAGUGAUUGAUCCAGACAAACUAGAUGAAUUGCAAAAUGGCAUUAUUGUUACAUUGUUGCGGUCCUGCUAUUUGAGGUGGAUGUACCCAUUUGAACAGUACAUGAAAGUCUUAAAAGGUUACGUGUGGAACCGAUAUCGACCAGAAGCAUCUAUUGUUGAAAGCUAUAUUGCUGAGGAGUAUCGACAUGAAGGAAGAAGUGUUGGGAAAGGUACUCGAGGACGCAAAGUAGCCGGUAUGCCUCGUGAAGAUAUUGAGGAAGCACAUUUGUACAUCUUGCAUAAUACAAGUGAAGUCGAGCCAUAUUUAGAUGAGCACAAGGCAUUGAUUAAAGAGCAAAAUCCAAGAAAGACAGACAUGUGGAUUGUGAGCGAACAUAAUCGUACUUUUAUUAGUUGGUUCAAGAAUAAAGUUCUGAGUGCUACUAACUAUUCUGAAAUAGUACGAUGGUUAGCUCAUGGUCCUUUGCACUUUAGUAGUUCGAAAGAUAAAAAUCCGGUCAUUGCAGAGUUGUCAUAUUAUGGUGUGAUUGAAGAAAUAUGGGAGGUUGAUUAUGUUCAGUUCAAAGUGCCGAUGUUCCGAUGUAAAUGGGUAGAUAGUAAACACGGUGUUAAAGCUGAUGACUUAGGGUUUACACUUGUCGAUUUGAACAGGGAAGGUCACAAAAAUGAGCAAUUCAUAAUGGCAUCUCAAGCAAAACAAGUAUUUUAUGUUACUGAUCCUAGUGAUAAAAAAUGGUCUGUUGUUCUUCAUGGAAAGAGACAAAUUACUGGUGAAGGGAAUGAAGAUGUUAGUUAUGAGAUUGAGGAAAUACCACCCUUUUCUUCAAGUUUAUUACUAGUUAUUAUAGAUAAUGAGAUAGAUGAAGUGCAUGCAUCACGUGAUGAUCAUCAUGAAGGGCUAUGGGAGAAUUGA